UAGCUUAGAUGAAUUACGUCUAAUAAGCGGUGAUAUUGGACCAUUCGAAGCUGGUAUGCCUAUUUGGGUACCAGUCUGGGUAGCAGUUACUUUAAGGAAACGUCGGAAAUGUACUAUCAUUCCACCAGAAUGGUUGUGUGUGGAAGAAUUGAAAAAGCUUGUAAUAGCGGAAAGUUCAAGUAAUGCAUUUGGACAAGUUCCACGGUUUUAUUUGGAAAUAGCUCAUAUGUUUGUGCAAUACGCCAAAGAAGAUCUUCCGGAUAGCGAUAUGAUAAGAGUUUAUGUACAAGACUUAUGGGAUAAGCGAUCUGCGAAGCUCAACAGUUCAUCAACUAAAUUUUUGGGACAGGUGGAAUCGUGUCAUGCAAGAAUGGAUAACAUUACUUUAAUGGAAGUGGCGUACAUUAAACGAUCAUUAAUUAUAGCUAGUCGCGAAAUUGAGGCGCUUAACAAGUCGUUCCAUGAAUUGUCCAGUCAAAACAGUACUGACCAGAGAUAUGUAGUAGCUUGA